AUGUUAGACAAGAUGCGGUUCCUGGAGCGAAAUCGCACAGUCAGCGAAUCCAGUGAUGGCUUGCCCGUGGAGGACGCUGAGGCAUCUCGGGCGGUGUCUAAUGCCUCGACCCGAAAGCUUCAGCUGUCCAACAAGAUGAUCGAUCGCGCAUGCGCCUACAGCGGUCUUUUGUACACCACCUUCUCCUUCGUCUUCUUUAUCGCCUCGGGGAAUUUCCCUCCCGCCGCUCCCACCCUCAAUGCCCAGCAAGUCGUGAAGCAUUACGAGGACCACAGCAUCGGCUACAAAGUGGGCGCGUCCUUCUUCGUUCUCGCUGGCGCUUUCUACGGUUCUUUCACGGCGGCCAUGUCGCAGCAGAUGAAGCGUAUCCCUGGUGUGGGUCACACCCUCAUCUCGGCGCAAGAGGUGUCUGGCGCCUGGGCCUGCAUCACAUUUUCCGUGCCCGCCAUCUUCUUCGCGACGACUGUCUAUCGGCUGGACCGACCGGCAGAGAUUACGCAAGCGCUAAACGACUUGAGCUGGAUGAUGACGUUCAUGCCCUUUGCGCCUUUCAUCGUGCAGAAUUGGGCUUUUGCUUUUGCAGUGUUCAUGGACCAGCGACCGAAGCCAUUGUUUCCCAUGUUUGUCGGAUGGGUCAACUUCAUAUCGCCCGUUCUCUUGGGAUCGGGUAUCGCAAUGCAUUGCGUGAAGAGCGGACCAUUCGCGUGGAAUGGGGCGUUGACGUUCUGGUUAACUGCCGUGGUGUUCGGGAUUCAGAGCAUUGUUAAUAUCGUGUGGACCGUGUUUGCGAUUGAGAAAGAUCUAGAUUAG